AUGGAGCCCCCACUGCCCCGUGGGGGGAGGCCCCUCCACCUCGACCGCUACGACGGCACCACGGACCCCGACGAGCACAUCGACUCGUACACAACUCAGGUAAACCUCUACACUAACAAGGACGCUAUAUUGUGUAGAGUUUUUCCGACCUCACUCAAGGGACCCGCGCUUCAUUGGUACACCCAACUACCAGCUGGAUCCAUCGACAGCUUUGCCACCUUGGUGCGGCGAUUCGUGGCACAAUACGCCACCAGCCAGCCUCACCAUAUAACCUCGGCCGCCUUGGCCAACCUCAGGCAGAACGAUGAUGAAUCCCUGCGAGCUUUCAUGGAGCGCUUCUCCAACAUCUCGGUUCGGAUCCAGAAUCUAAACCCGGAGGUCGCCCUGCACGCCAUGCUCAUGGCACUGAAACCCGGAUCGUUUGUCGACAGCCUAUGCCGCGACGCCCCCCGCGACAUGGAUGAGCUGCGUGCCCGCGCCGCCGGCUACAUUCAGAUGGAAGAGCACUCGGCCUUCCGCGACCAAGUUCGCGGGAAGGGCCCCGCAAAACCGGAACAGGGCCACAAGGAUAAGGUAAAAGUCAAUAAUGACAGCCAAUUCAAGAAGCCGGCCAGAGCCAACAGAAGCGGGAGGUAUGACUUCUACACUCCCCUAAACGCCCCGAGAGUCCACAUCCUGGAAGAAGCCAGUAACAAUAACCUACUAGCCCUCCCACCACCCGGCCACACCCCCAACAGCGCCGAUCAGUCCAAACACUGUCGGUACCACAGGAACUACGGCCACACCACUGACGAGUGCCGCAUGCUCCGGGACCGCAUCGAAGAGCUCAUCCAGGCAGGCCACCUCGGCCACUACAUCCAGCGACAUCCAGGUUCUCGAGGUGGCUCUGGAGGUCGGGGACGCGGGAGAGGCCGCGGGUCAGGAGCUCGCACAGACUUACCCACAGGGUCCCAGCAAAAUGCUAACGGCGCGAUACAGGCCGAAAUAAGUCAGGAAACAGCAUCGGCUCCCUUACGGGGA